AUGUUACCACUACCAUCAAAUGCAUUCACACUGUUGCUCCUCUCUCUCCUUGCCACUUUCGCCGCCGUGUUAGCGGCGGAUAUACCACUCGGGUCGACCCUUUAUGCAUCCGACCCGAAUUCCAAAUGGACCUCACCCAAUGGCACAACUCUUUCCUUCAUUACCGACUCGGUUCACCCUGGCGGCGCUACUGCCCUGUAUGCUGCUAUUACCUUCAACAGCAUCCCCAUAUGGAAAGCUGGUGGCUCUUCCGCAUCCGUCAAUUCCUCUGCCGUGUUCCGCCUUGUCGCCUCCGGUGACCUCCAGCUCCUGCCUUCCUCCACCUCUGCUACUCCUGUUUGGUCCUCCGGCACGGCCAAUCUCAGCGUCACCGCCGUUUCACUCGAAGAUUCCGGCAAUUUGAUCCUCAAGAACGCAUCUGGGUCCGCCGUAUGGACCUCAUUCGACCAUCCCACUGAUGUAAUUGUUCCAAAUCAAAGUUUCUUUGUAAGACAUACUCUUUCAUCUGGGCUUUACUCAUUUAAGCUGCAAAAAAAUGGGAAUUUGACGCUUUGGUGGAAUAAUUCAGUUGAGUAUUACAAUUCCGGGCUGAAUUCCACCAUGAAUUCGAAUUUAAGCAAUCCAGUACUUGACAUUCGAUCUACUGGAAUCCUCACGCUUUCCGAUCCUACGCUAUCGAAUUCUCUGGACUUAGCCUACAGCAGUGAUUAUGCUGAGGAAGGGAAUAUAUUCAGGUUUCUCAAAUUAGAUAACGAUGGAAAUUUGCGCAUUUACAGUUACACCUCAGGCAGUGGAAAUCGAAUUGAGAGGUGGGCAGCAGUGGAUGAUCAGUGCCAGGUUUAUGGAUUCUGUGGCAAUAUGGGAAUAUGCGGUUACAACGAUUCAAACCCGAUUUGUGGGUGUCCUUCGGAUAAUUUUGAACUCGUUGAUAAGAGGGAUAGCAGAAAAGGGUGCAAGAGAAAAGUCGAGCUUCUAGAUUGCCCGGGGAGCGAGACUAUGCUGCAAUUGGAUCAUUCCAUGUUCUUGACAUACCCUCCUGAAUUAUCCACGCAAAUUUUCUACAUUGCUAUCUCCGCUUGUAAGUUGAAUUGUCUUGUAGGUUCUUGCAAAGGGUCUACUUCCUUGUCGGAUGGAUCAGGGCAGUGCUACUUGAAAUCCAGUGACUUUAUCAGUGGGUAUCAUUCGCCUGCAAUUCCUAGUACUUCUUUUAUGAAGGUUUGUGGGCCGGUGGUGCCUACUCCCUCCACGGAUGGGACGGGUGGUAGGAAAAGGAAUGGGUGGAGGUUGUCGGCAUGGUUAGUUGUGGUGGUCGUGGUGGUCACAGUUUUGGUCCUGGUGGUUGUUGAGGGCAGUUUGUGGUGGUGGUGCGUUAGGAAUAGUUCUAAAUUUGGAGGAUUCUCGGGACACUAUGCUCUUCUUGAGUAUGCAUCUGGUGCACCAGUGCAAUUCGCUUAUAAGGAACUUCAGAAGGCUACAAAGGGUUUUAAGGAGAAGCUUGGAGCGGGAGGAUUUGGGGCCGUUUAUAGAGGGGUACUUGCGAAUAGGAUGGUGGCUGCAGUGAAACAGUUAGAGGGGAUUGAACAAGUGUGGGCGUACGAGGAGUUUGAAAAGGGUAAUUUUUAUGCCAUUGUGGAUAAAAGGCUUCCCCGGAAUGAGAUAGAUAUGGAGCAACUGAUUAGAGCAAUUCUGGUUAGCUUUUGGUGCAUCCAAGAGCAACCAUCUCAAAGGCCUAUGAUGGGUAAGGUGGUUCAAAUGUUGGAAGGGAUCACCGAAAUUGAUAAGCCACCGGCCCCUAAGGCUGCAACCGAGGGUUCUGUAGGGGGAACCAGUUUAUAUGCUAGUAGUAGUAUUAGCGCCCUCUCCACUAUUGCAGCUUCAGUGCCAGCUCCUUCUUCUUCCUCAUCCCUCCAAACUGCAGGAAUAUUGUCCUCAGCCUCAGGAAAGCAUGUGAACCGGGAGUCUUCAUCGCUGUUACGCUCGGAUACAAAGUAA